CCUUUUCCUCACGCCACUCUCUAUCGUAAUUCCCACUAUCCCUUCCAACAAAACCAUCACUCUCGUCGUGCUUUCCUUUUCCUCCCCCAAAUUGCUGUUUCUGAUUUCUCACGCUUUUAACAGGAAUUGGGAGUGACGAAAAGGACGAAUGAAAUUCGGGUAUGCAUUCACUGAGUAUCUGCAGGAAGAGCGAGAGUGGUUGGUCGACGAGAAAUGUGCUCAUAUUGAAUAUGUGAGGUUAAAAAAAGUGUUGAAGCGUUGCCAGAGAGAUACCUCUCUCCAUAAAGACCAGUUAUGUCAAUGUCAAUCUUGCCCAUUGUGUGAUCAAAAGUUCUUCUCUGAGCUGAUGAAGGAAGCAUCAGAUAUAGUAGGAUAUUUUAGUUCAAGAGUUAAGCAUCUCCUUCAUCUUCAUAUUGCAACAGGAUUGCAGAGAUAUGUAUUACGAUUGAGCCAGUGCUUUAAAAAUGAUAGCCAAGCCCUUGCUCAAGAAGGGAGGAUUCUGUUUGAGUACAUUGCAAUGAAUGCCAUUGCAAUGAGGAAGAUACUUAAGAAAUAUGAUAAAGUACACAGCUCUACGAAUGGGGAGAAUUUCAAAUCUAGGAUGCAUGCCGAGCACAUUGAACUUUUGCACUCACCUUGGCUAAUUGAAUUGGGUGCUUUUUAUCUGAAUUCUAGUGGACUUAAUGAUUGUGAAAUUGAUGGAGUCUAUGGUCACUUUUUGUGUGACUUAAACAUAAAUAAAGCUGCAAUGACAUUAAUUCUUCCCGAUUCUAUUAAGCUUGAGUAUGAUCUAACUUGUGCAAUUUGCCUGGAUUUUGUUUUUAAUCCAUAUGCUUUGGGUUGUGGUCAUAUCUUCUGCAAGUCAUGUGCUUGCUCAGCCGCCUCUGUGAUGAUUUUCCAAGGCCUUAAAGCUGCAAGUCCGGAAUCGAAGUGCCCUAUAUGCAGAGAGGUUGGAGUUUAUUCUAAGGCGGUGCACAUGUUAGAACUUGAUCUGCUUAUGAAAAGAAGGUGCAGAGAAUACUGGAAAGAUAGGCUAGCUGGUGAACGAGUUGAUACGUUGAAGCAAUCCAAGGAAUACUGGAAUUUACAGUCCACAUAUGCAGUUGGAUUGCUGUAGGUUUUUAUACUUUGACCAUCGAAACAUCCAAGUCGUACGGUUAACUAAUAGAACUCCCAGGAAGUAUUUUACUUGAUUAUGAGUUCGUCCUUCGGUCAUGACUGAACUGCUGUAGAUGAAGUGGGAUUUAAUUAGUUCUUAAUACCUUAGGAUUAAAUAAUAAAUAAA